ACAGCCCGUGUUGUUUUGUUAUUCUUCACUUCGCACGCACGUCACACUUGCAAAUUUCCAACUUGCAAAUUUAAAAAAAAAUCUGCAAUAUGUGCACUAAAUUUACUUCUCCGAGGAAAUUUGCAUUCACAACGGUUCUUUUACUUUUCUGGACUCGGCCAUGUCUCGGAAAUUCGGGGACUUUUGGAAUUCGUGUUGACAAGGAGUCCGAUCCCCUCAUCUUCUCCCUGGAUCACUGCACCCCCGUCCUUCCCAAACCCCCCGCCGGUCACGAACACAUUUACGAGAUUGAGUCCAACGGGAACUGCCUCAAUGUUUACGCUAAACAAAACUGUGUCGGAAAAUUUAUCCGUUUUCAGACCAACAAGUUUUUCUCGAGGAUUCGUGACAUGGCGGGACAUCGCUGGUUGGAGGACGGCGACGUUUUAGUGACCAACGAAACCAUCAAGAUUUCCUCGAUCGGGCCAUGUUUGAAGAUAUGCAAUGCCAAGAAUUGGGCCGGGAUGGGGCACAAGGUCCCCGUAAAGGUCACCGUAUUCGACAAGGAAAACUAUUAUGGUAAUUUAACCAUCAACAAACUUACCGAGAUGGACUGCAUUGCUUUGACACCACUGUCGAAAUCCAUCCAACUUUCGGGGACUGCGACCUCCACCUGUGUCGAAUUACAUGAUGACACCACGUGUGGGAAGAAUGCCGUCCAAUUGCGACCGGGAUAUCCGUACUUGUCCGAUUUGUGGUGGUGGGGUUUUCCCGAGGCGCGCUUUGGUCUUCCCGUGAACGCCCGAUCGCUCUCUUUUUGUGGAUAUUCCUGCCCGGAAGUGAGAUCAAGACGGGUGACGACGGUGAAGAAUGUCGCGACGACAUUGUCCUCUACCUACGCGACCACGAUGAUGGUGAUCAAUGUGACGACGACGACGGGGUCACCUUUGAAGACGGAUUCUUCCCAAGAGAGCGUUGAUCCUGUGAUGACAAAGAUGACCACGACGGAGACGGAUCGGCCCCGUUUGGAAGUUGGUGACGAUGAAAUGACCACGUCGCAUGGUGAUCAAGUUGAUCCCUCCACGCGGCCGGUUUUUCUCCUUAUUUUAAUUGCUGCGGUGUUAAUGAAGUUAGGUUAAGGACAAAAUACUUGGACUACAUAUUUACAAGAACUCUACAAUGUAUUAGGUUUACCUUAUGGAGUUAUUUAUAAGCUGUAAUUUCUCUUUUAGUUUCCUUAUUCAAGUCCUUGUAUUUUUAUUAAUAUAAAUAAUAAGCACAACUUUAGCAAUAUUUAUUAAAAUGUUAAUAAGUGGUGAUUGAAUUCACAACUGUUGACUGCAAAGUCUUUGUAGGCUGAUUAAAAACUAAAAAUUACUACUGUAA